AGAGAGUUGAGACGACAAAAAAAGGCAUAAAUCGGUUGCAGAUUUGUUAUCUUUGGCAUCAAGAACCAUUUGAAAAAAAAGGAAAAAUGAAGGUCUUGGCUGGACUUCUUUUGUUUGUGGCUUUCACUGCCAGCUAUAAAAUCCCGGACGAGCAAGAAAGAGAAAAGCGGUUUAUAUUCGGGGUAAGCAGUUUUUAUUUUAAAAAACAUCAUUGUCUCUUCUUUAAAAACUCCUUUUGCUGAUCAAAAGGAUAUUUAGGGUUUUCAUGUUAAAAUAAAUCACCACUCCAAAACUAGCUUGACACACUCGUUAACGGUUUUUUCCUUUGAUUGUCAGGGAACGGUGAGAAACCGAUAAAUCCAUUGCAUUAAGCGCCAUUACGAUCUGAUGCGAAUAUAAUCAAAGUGCAAAGCGUCUGAAUUCAAACGAACCAAGAAUUUAAAUUUUUCAUAAAUCUGCUCUUUGAUGAUAAAAACAUCUUCAUUUUUCCUUUUUUCCUCUUUCCUUGUUCUUCUUUUUCAACUCCUCUUAGAAAUGCGACGCGGACACGGAUUGCGGUGUCGAACGCUGCUGCAGUGUAAUUGGAACAUGCCACAACAAGAGAGGCUUGAACCAGUCAUGUAACUUUAGUGUAAGUGAUUUAUUCAAGAUCUGUAAGUGAAGACAGUUUUGUGAGUUUAAAGAUAAAUCCCAAACGAGGAAAAGAACAUGCUAAUUUUGUAGGAUUUGAAUUCAUCAUCCACAGUAAUCUCAGUUUGCAUUCCUCGAUCGCUUAUCAGUUCAAUCAAUACAAUAUAAUUGGAAGACAGUUGAUAUCUUUUAGAUUUUCAAUGAAAUCCUCCUCCUUCUCCACGUCGCCUCUCAAAGACAAUUCUUCUUCCCCCAUUUCUUUCUAAAUUUUAAUAAACUUCUGGAUCAGAAGAACGAAUUAACCUUCAACGUAGGGCAUGGUUUUUACCAGUAUCAGUGUUCACAAAUGUUCUCGCGAAUCAUUUCGAGUUAAGUAUUAUUCCAGCCAGUGGUUGUAGUAAGGGUCCAAUACUUCAAAAUCAAGGGCAGGAAAAGCAAUAAAUUCAUACCAUUAUUAUCAAGGACACGGAAAAUUAGAGAGGGGCCUAGUUGUUCGUAGAGCGCUUAAGUCAUAACAAAACGUGCGGCGCAAUCCACUCUUCCAACAAACCUAACUCUAACCCUUAUCGAGAUGUUUUUUAAAAGUGAUUUACCCAAAGCUUCUCAACAUCUGCUUGCUGUAAUGAGUUUUUGAGACCAGAUAAAAUAGCACGACCCAUCGCUGCUUAAAUUCUGCAGGCACACAGACGAUUAUGUAAGCGUAGUCUGAUUAAUGAUCAACUUUUUUUUGCUGUAGGGCGUUCUUACUUGUUAUUUAACAUUUUUUUAGGGACUGCACAAGUGUGGUUGCAAAUCCGGUUUGACCUGUCAGCCAGUUUUUUCCAUUGGUUCACUUCCCAUUUAUCAUCGCUGCAAACCGGCGCCAACUGAGGAGCCAGGUUCCGGCGACUUACAGUGAGAGAAUGGUUCUUAGUUUAAAAUAAACGGGACCCAAAAAACAUUAUCGCGAGGAAUUUUGUUUUACAUUCUUCAAUGGUACUAUAGACUGUUUAGCAGGGGGAGAGGGGCUUUUCAUAGUCCAAUCUCUCAGACAAAGAAUUAUCAAAAGUAGAUUUUUGCGCGUCAGUUACUAUGCAGACAAAUCUAGCGGGUACUAAAAUAACCCCACCAAUUUUUACCUUUAUGCAUUCAAAUUAACUGCACUGUAGGUGUUUAUUCGAAAAGGAAGAGUUUUGUCUAUGUUUUAAAUUUAUCGACAAACUGAAACAUCACAGUGCAGCAUGAGACGGUAGCUUCAGGGAUGGGUUCAAGAAUUUGGAGGAAUACAGGGGGAAGGCCUUGCAAUCUGACCUUUCAUCGCUAA